AUUACGUAAUUGUUUGUUUACAUCAGUCAGCUGAUUACUGCGUGAUAGACAGAAUAUUUUUCAAAAGAUAUGCAUAAUCAUAAUCUGUACUUUAGUCAACAUCAUAGAGUUUUGAAAACGUUGGAAUGGUUUGUCGUUAAUCGAAGAUUAAAGACGUGUCUAGUGGCAAUGGCAUGAGCUAGGCAUUCGGAGCAACUCGAGGGGGCGAUGGAGUUCGUGAUCGGGGCGGUGGCAGCCAUGGGGGCGGGGGUGUUCACGAACCCCCUGGAGGUGGUGAAGACCCGGCUCCAGCUGCAAGGGGAGCUCCAGUCCAAGGGCGUUUACACGGUGCACUACCGCAACUUCUUCCAUGCGUUCUACGCCAUCGCCCGGGAGGAAGGCGUGCUGGCGCUGCAGAAGGGCCUCGUGCCCGGCCUGUGGUACCAGCUGUGCCUGAACGGCGUGCGGCUCGGCGGCUACCAGUUCGCGGAGAAGCGCGGGUGGACGCAGGGCGACGACGGGACAGUGUCGGCCCCCAAGUGCGCGGUGGUGGGCGUCGUGUCUGGCUGCGCCGGUGCGUUCGCUGGCAGCCCGUUCUACCUGGUGAAGACGCACCUGCAGUCGCAGGCGGCGGGCAGCAUCGCGGUCGGUCACCAGCACAGCUACGCGGGCGGCUCCUUCCGGGCACUCGCCGGCAUCUACCGGCGGCACGGCGUGGCGGGGCUGUGGCGUGGCAACCUGGGGGCCAUGCCGCGCUCCGCCGUCGUCUCCGCCAGCGGCUUCGUGUCCUUCUCCACCGUCAAGGAGCUCCUCUUCCAGCAUGAGCUGUUUGUUGGCUGGCCACUGAUGAACACGUUCAUCGCCAGCAUGGUUGGAGGGUUGGUCGUCACUGUUUGCAUGACUCCGUUCGAUGUAGUCAUGACACGCCUCUACAAUCAAGGCGUGGACAAGGAGGGGCGGGGCCUGCUGUACCGAGGCGUGGCCGACUGCUUCGUGAAGAUCGCCCGCGCGGAGGGCGCCGCGGGGCUGUACAAGGGCUUCGCGGCCGGCUACGCCCGCAUGGGCCCCCACGUCGUGCUGUGCUUCGUGUUCUGGGACGCCCUCAAGCGGCUGGAGGAGGAGUUCUGGGAGCAGCGGGCGGCGAGGGACGCCACGGCAGGGGCCGUAGCCGAGGGAAAGCCUGAGCACCUUUCCGAAUAACGUAACUGCUUCAUGAUCACUAGCCAAGGGAGAGUAGUGUAUAUUUCUUAACCCAUUUGCAUCUAAAAGCGUACUAGUACGCAGCUGUUUUUUCCGGCCGGUAACACCAUAGGCGUACCGGUACGCGAAAUGGCUAAUCUGCCUAAAAACUUGAAAAAAAUCCCUUUAGAAUGAAAAUAACCCCUCAGAGUAGCUAGUAUUGUUAUAACAAAGGUAUAUUAUCGUGAAACUUAAACUAUUUUUAAAAAUUUAUUUAAAGAAUAAAAAUAUAAUGAAAAUAGAAAAUAACUUUAAUAAUAGUAAUAUAUAAAAAAAAUUAUGGAUUCCAUGGUAUGUCUAACAUUAAAGUGAGUGGAUGCAAAUGGGUUAAACAGCAUUAACUUACCGUAUUUACCCAUGUACCACCCGCACAUUUUUUCUGAAAAACAACAUUCAAAAGUCGGGGUGCGGGUCAUACACGAAAUUUGAGGUUUUGGACAACAAUGAAGACUGAAAAAAUUGGAUUUAUAGUACAUUACCGAAUGCUGGACGCAUUUAUUACAAUGAAAAUACAGCGAAACCCCUUAUUUACGUUACCGUUAUUUACUUUUUCCCGAUAUUUGCACCAUUUUAUUUCGGUCCCGUUUUAACCUCAUAUGAUGCAAUGCAAUAAAUUGCCGUUGUUUACAACGCGCGUAUAAACUGCUUCCCGCAAUUUACGCGGUUUAUUCUGAGAUUAACGCUUUCUAAUUUAAAUAAUCGUAAUACGACGUAUUCUGAUGUGUUUUCAAGACGUUUUUAAAAGUAUUAAACUUUAUCCGUAACGAGUCGGGAGUCGCUGUAAUCCACCUAUAAAACGUAAACAGCGCCAGUUGGCAUCAUUCGGUAUAGAGCGCGCGCACGUAGUCGAAGAUCGAUAGCGAUAGCUCGCAAACUUCUUGCUACGCGCGCGCUCUGUUUACAACCGAGUUAACUAUAACUGGCAACCCGCGCCAUUUUAUGCGUAUCAAUACAACUCACGUUUUUGCUACGGGGUUUUUUUACGUUGAAUAAAAUGGUUUUAUGGCAUCACUCAUUAUUUUUAAUUAUUUGGCACUACAAGCUUUAUUUUUAUUUGCAGGAUGUUGCAACGGACUGAACAGUUGACGAUUGUGGUUAUUGCAUACAAACAUUUUAAAAUUUAUUUCACCAAAUUUACGUCUGUUGUUUAGCAAAAUUGAUCUACUAUUUUGACAAUGAAUAUUACUGGUUUUUUUUCCUUAAUAUUUCAUGCAUUUGUGUUAGUAAAAUUCUGUGCUGCUGUUAUAAAGAGUUUUCUUUGUUGUUACAAUGACAGACUCUUUUUCCCUAUUUAUGCAGGCACAUGUAAAUAGACAUUACAGUGAAAAAUUUUUUUUUCCAGAGAGUAUGUUGAAAAUUUGGGGUGCGGGUCAUACAUGGGGGCGGGUGGUACAUGGGUAAAUACGGUAUUUUAAGGUUCAGUGCUCUAUGCCAAGUACAGCAGAACCCUAUUGUUCUCUGCAGUGGCAGAGACAGCAAUUUUGGGGGGAGGGAUUUUUGAGAAGAAGAUAGAAAAUUAAUUUGAACAUGUGUAUUUAAAAACACUUACAUUGACAUACAGGCCUGCAAUAGUAGCCGUAGGCUACGUGGAUUCUCACAGUAAACAUACUGUUCUCGCUAAUAUUUUGAAAAAGAUUUUCAUAACGUCUCUUUUUCCCUGUGUCCAACCCACUGGUUGUCUCUCUGUGGGUCACAGGCUUUCAACGUGCAAAUGCAAUAGUAUUUUGAUUAAUCGGGUUAAUGUGGUUAAGGUCAGCACGGAUAAGCAAAAAUCAUGGGUAAUCAAAUUCAAAUGUAUUUAGGUUAUAAAAAACAGCAAAAUUUUGUAAGUAAUUUAUACAAAACUAUUGUAAAAGUAUUACUGACACUAUUUAUUAAUUUUUAAAAAUAUUAGUAAAAUUAUUUGUAAUGACCUAAAAUACACUCUUUCCUUGUCCCUUCCCUAUUGAAUUACACUUCACUGGCUUGGUUCCCCCCCCCCUUCCCCCCUGCUACUCGCCAAAAAAAGUGUUUAAUUUUUAAUUUGGUUCACGGAUAAUCAGGGUUCUACUGUAUUAUGAAAUAGAAAGUUGAAAUGUAUGAUGUUAUGUAUUGCUUUAGCACAAAAUUGUAAUGGUGUUUCUAAUUUUUAUGUUAUUGAUGCAUAUUCUAUUUUUUUUUUUUUUAACAUAUACAUAUGGGGUAUUUUUCAAAGCUCAUUAAGUGUCGGCUGUGAGUUAAAUGAUGUUAGGCUGUGUUCUGAGAUGAAUUUGAAAAGUUUGAUCCGAUUUUUAAGGCUCGGACCUACAUGCCAUGUUAAUUUUUUGGUCAUAAUUUAAGGGCUAUUUCUAAAAUUUUAACUCAGUACCUUUGUUUCAUUUGUACUGCUACAAAUAUUUUCAACAGAUAUUCACUUAUUGUAAUUUCAUAGGUGUAAAAAUUUGCCCGAGCUAUGAUAAUUAUGAAUACAGCGUAUCUUUUUAAACUCAUUAUAUAAGCCUUAAAAACUUGGCUUCUUCACCCUUCCUGCUUGUUUAUUGCAUUUGUAUGCCAUGUUUUAUUUUAUUACCAUUCCUACGGACUCUUCACAACAAAAUUAUUUUUAUAGCAUUGCUUAUCAUUACAUUUUACUUUAAUUUUUGCACCAAGUUUUAUUCUCUGUUAUCUAAUAUUUGUCGAAACUAAAAUUCACGUAAAUCACUUUACUCUUUAUCAGGCUGAUUGCAUCAUGGCCACUUAGUACAAUUUUAUUUUUUUGUGUUUAUACAUCUGAGUGGCACAUUGCACAUGAAAUUUUGUAGUCUGAUUUUCAAAAUAUUUAUUCAUUAAAAAUAUGAAAUUAAAAAAUAUGGCAUGUCAAAGCAAUCAAUAAUGGACUUGUAUUUGUUAUGAAUUGUAGUUAUGUUGUCUAUGGAUACUUGUUGAAUCAAUAUCAGGACUUUUUCAAGACCUUUUAAUAAAGUUUUCUCUGUGUUUGUUUGUGUGUCUAUAUAUAUACAUCAAAUUAGCAAAAUUGAAUAUUAUAUUUGAAAUAGAUCUACUGUUCCCAAGACAUGCCAAUUGAUGUGUUGGAGAGCUAAAACCUUUCAAAAGAUAAUUUUCACGUGAUUUAAGUGGACGGUCACCAACUAUUUAUAUUUUAUGUACGGCUAUACAAUGAAGUGAAUUGUUGAAAAACAUGCAAUUUACCAAAAGGCUUGUGCCCAAGAAGUAAGGUGAACCCAGGGGUAAAAGAUCUUGCCUCCACAUGCACUAUGACUGUAACUACAUGUUGUUACAAAACUCUCAUUAAUAGUGUUUUCACAGUCCCCAGAAAUUACAGGAGCUACAGUGCUAAGUAAUAUAUUUAAUUCAAAAAUAUGGUUAUUAUGUAAUGCAAAGUUGUUUUUUUCCAAGGGUAAAAAAAAUUAAUUAUAGUAAAAGAUGGUAAAUACAAAUGUCCUAGAGUAAUGUAAGGAAACAAUGUGUCCGCAUGAGAAAACAAAUUGCUCAAGUAUUUUGUAACAUCUUUUCAAACACUGCAUCUCAUAAAAGCUGCAUUUUAAUUCACCUUUGAGGUUGGUAAGUGCUACAAGUUCCAUCAAGACCAGAAAAGUAAUAUGUAGUUGGAUCAUUGGAAUACUAGGUGAAAAAAAGAAGAGAACGUUAACUGUUUAGGAAUCAAAUGGUGCUAAUGUUUAUAGAGUAGGUAUUUAUGUUUGUUUUCUUGUUCCAAACUAGCUAGAGGGGUGUUUUUUUUUUUUUUUUUGGUAGUGUAUGUACAUGAAACAGUUUGCCAGUGUACUAUUCUUUUUAACUGUCAGUAGCUCAGUUUCUUUCCCAUUCCUCUUAGAAUUUCUUUGCCUUCAUAGUGCAUUUGUUGUAUUAAGCCUUGUGUAACAUUACGUGUGUAUAGAGGCAAGAUAAUAUGGUGUAUAGUGAUAAAACCUAAAAACAUGAAGUGCAGCAAAAUUUGCCUAAGUUUGUCUGUUAUAAUGUAAUAUUCAAUUCAUAAAUAUAUACUGUUUCAAAAAUUUACUUAGUUUCUAAUUAGUUUUUUUUAUAAAUAAAGUAAAUAAAAAGUCUAUAUCCGAUACCAUACAGAUAUGGCUAAGAUUUAAAUUUGAAGCUACCUAUGUUAGCACCAGGAAUAUGUUUUCAAACCCAAUCUAAUUAUUACAUAUGUAUUUUUUUCCUGCUGUAUGUGAUGAUACAGAGCAAAAUAUUCAUAUAACAAUAUACCUUAAUUGAUAACAUAAAUAUGUACAUAGAGCCAAAAUUUUAUAGUGUUAUAAAAUAGAUCUCAUUAAAUAGUUGAAAUAAACUAAUAAUCUAUACAUAUUUACCACCAUUAGAAAUUAAAACACAUGUAAUAUUAAGAACAUAUCUAGCACAAUUGCAAUGAUCAAGUGUUUCAACAAUUUGUAAGUUGCAUAAUAUGUGUAUAGUUCAUAAAACAAUACUAUAUUGAUGAAACAAAGUAACUGCCACUGAGAAACAUUUAGUAUCCUUCUGUAAUGUACCUUAGUUCUAGGUGAAAGUUACAAAUAUGAAAAUAGAAAGUGCAGGUUUAAUGGCUUUUUUUUUAAUAUUAUAUUAUAUUAUAUAUAAAGUACCCGUGUUUCAGUGUCGUGCAUUAGCAUGGUGCUCACAUUCUGGGAAGCUGUACAUAUUUGAAAUCCUGAAAAAGUGAAGGAUAAUUAAACAGGGGGGAAAAAAAAGCCAUGUUCCAGUCUGCCGUCACCAGACGGUGUUCAUAAGUACUUAUUCACACACCAUGAAAUGGCGUAUGCAAAGUUCUGCUAAUCAUUACUUGACAAACAAGGAAAAUGAAAGUAAAAGAGGUCGCCACUGUGCCUGCCCUGGAUCCGCCCCUAAUGGGAUGUACUACGUUUUUUGUAUCAAAACAAAAAAAAAGUGCUAUUGGAACUUUGGAACUACUAAAACUACGUAACUUACCGAGUAGCAGGGGAAAAAAAAAACUACAUCUUAGAUCGGGUUUGAAAACAUAUUCUUGGUGCUAACGUAGCUUCAAAUUUAAAUUUUAGCAAUAUCUGUAUGGUAUGGGAUAUAGACUGUUUUAUUUACAGCUGUAGCUCCAAUCAUGAGAGCAAAACUUCCACCUCACCUGAGAAACUGAUGUAUGAACGUUCAUUACACUGCUGAUUUGAUUGUAACCAUUUUCCAUUGGGACAGCACACUUGGGGAUUCCUCCAUAAGGAUUAUUAAUGAUAAGGGUGCCUUUAGUUACCAAACUACUUACUAUAAUUGUUCGUAGGACUUCACAUGCAGUUAUUACCAUGCAAUGUCUUGUUUAGAAAAUGUUGUGCUUGAAGGAAAUGAAACCUGUACAUACCUUUGCAAUGUAUUGACUGAUUUUAUAUAUAAGCUAUGUGAUUGUUGAAUAAUAAAAUUUACUUACUUGGACUCUCACAA